ACUGAAUUUAAGCAGCGCUCCUGACCGGGUAGCAUCAUCAGAGAGAGAAAGAGACAACCAAUUCGACAUGAGUCUGACUGAGAAAGACAAAGCUGCUGUCAAGGCCCUCUGGGCCAAGGUCUCCAAGUCUUUGGAUGCUGUUGGAGCAGAAGCUUUGGGCAGGAUGCUCCUCGUGUAUCCGCAAACCAAGACCUACUUCUCCCACUGGCCAGACCUGAGCCCCGGCUCUGCCCCCCUGCUGAGUCACGGAAAGCUGAUCAUGGCUGGAGUCACUGAAGCCGUGGCCAAGAUUGACAACCUGAGCACCGGCCUGCUGGAACUGAGUGAGCUGCACGCCUUCAAGCUGAGGGUGGAUCCAGCCAACUUCAAGAUCCUGGCCCAGUCCGUUAUGGUGGUGAUCGCAGCCAUGUUCCCUAAUGAUUUCACCCCAGAAGUUCAUGUCGCCUUCGACAAAUUCAUGUCCAACGUGGCCCUGGCUCUCUCUGAGAGAUAUCGUUGAGAUGUCGGCAGCGGAAAGCGCAGUGCAUGACCAUUAAAGUCAUGGUGGAAAAAAAUGAUGAAUAAAAUGCAUCCAGCCAAAAAUGA